AUGAGCUACUUCGAGACCGUCACCACCGAAUUGGCCGUCGUCCUUCUGCUCAUCGCCGCAGCCCUUCUCGUCGUAGUUUUCUGUCUCAUUUGGAUUCUCAAAUGCAGAAAAAGGUACGCCUCAACGGGAAGUAAUCCUUGUAAUACAUCAGAUUAUUAAUUUCAGAUCCAGUCAGCCUCCGAUCCUCCCGACGGUGUCUCGAACCGAAGAACCGUCGUGCACAAAUGACGCAUUCGACUGCAUGGAAGAGACUUCCGCCAGAAAGAUCGAAGAGCGUCGGAGAGCCCGUCAGCAAGCGCUGCAGUACUCGCCAAGAGCCGAUCUGACGCUUAGAAAGUGAGCCCGACUCUUCCGACGUCGCUUUCGAAAAAGAAAAGUUCGUUCAGAAUCGAUCCGGAGAUCGGAAAGGCGCUGGCCGUCGAGCAGCUGAUGCGGGACAGCCUCGUUUUCGACAGUCUGCCGCGUCCGCCGAAGGGCAACGUCGAGAUCGUGGCCUCCAAGCGGGACUACCUAUGA